GAGAAAAUUUUCUCUUGUCAUGCAGGAUCGCGGUGCGGGACGCGGGCGCUUGUGAAGGAACGCCGUUUUGGAUUCCUCCAAGACUCCGCGGACUCCUGGCGUCGUUCACUCCACAUUUCGCGAAAUUACAAUGUGUGUUAGCUAGGGUGUGGGCUUAGUACGACAAAAGGCGAUGUUUUGGCAAUUCUGGUGAGCCCACUCUGCUGUGUGUGCUGCGGAUAGACUCCUUGCAGGAGAACUGAUACACGGACACGUGCUGGGACCGAGCUGCAGGCAGGGACACUUGCAUCGCUUGCAUAGUAAAUAAACUGUCCCUGACGCCUGCACACAACAUUGAUGGAAUGCGACCCAAGUGAUUUUAUAACCCUUUGUGCAACGACGAGAAAUUACGAUCAACAUGGCAGAGGUAUCGCGUAGCGCCAACGAGCCUCCCUUAAACGUUGAGAUAGAUCCGGAUUUCGAGCCCCAGAAACGACCACGGUCCUGCACUUGGCCCCUGCCCCGUCCUGAAUCUGGUGCGGGCAAGCCCGGGGCAAAUGACACUGACGUAAUUCCCGAAGAAGAGGAUGAUGAGGGUGGGAGCACGGAGAGCGGCGCUGUUCAGAAAGCCAGCGGCGGUGCUAUUAAAACCCGAGAGCCGAGCAGCAACAGCUCCAUCUCCCAGUCGGUGGAGGUCCAGCGCGGCCCCUCCAAAGAGGAGGCCGCCGACGGCUCGCCUUCCUCCGCGCAAACCCCCGCAGCAGCUCUGAGUGGUUCUGCCACCCAACAGCUGAGGAAGUCCUCCGCCCGCAGGAAUGCCUGGGGCAACUACUCCUAUGCAGACCUCAUUACCCAAGCCAUCGAGAGCUCCCCCGAGAAACGGCUGACCUUGUCCCAAAUCUAUGACUGGAUGGUGAGGUCUGUGCCAUAUUUCAAGGACAAAGGGGAGAGUAAUAGUUCUGCUGGCUGGAAGAAUUCCAUCCGACACAAUCUUUCCCUCCAUAGCCGUUUUGUGAAAGUCCAGAAUGAAGGAACAGGGAAAAGUUCCUGGUGGAUGGUCAACCCAGAAGGUGGGAAAGGUGGCAAAGCUCCCCGACGGCGGGCUGUUUCGAUGGAUAACAGCAAGUACAUCAAAGGAGCCCGAGGACGUGCCACGAAGAAAAAGGCCUCACUGCAGGCUGCUCAAGAUGGCAGCUCUGAGAGCUCCUCAAGCCUCUCCAAAUGGACAGGGAGUCCCACCUCCCGCAGCAGUGAUGAGCUGGAUGCCUGGACAGACUUCCGCUCCCGAACCAAUUCAAACGCCAGCACACUCAGCGGUCGUCUGUCCCCAAUCCUGGCUAACCUGGAGCUGGAUGAGGUACCUGAUGAUGACUCGCCACUCUCUCCAAUGCUGUACUCCAGCCCCAGCAGCAUGUCCCCAUCCACUGGACCAACAGGACUGUCUGAUCUGGCAGGUACGAUGAACCUCAAUGAUGGGCUCUCUGACAACCUGAUGGAUGAUCUUUUAGACAAUAUCAGCCUCACAGCAUCCCAGCAGCCUCCUCCUGGAGAGGAGGAUGGAGCCAACAGUCAGGGGAGUUCAGUGUUUACCUUCAGCUGCUCAGGAAGCAGUCUUGGCAGUCCCUCCGGCAGCUACGGGACAAACCCACUCUUCAGCCCUCCGUCCAUCACGAGCCUGCGGCAGUCACCCAUGCAGACCAUCCAAGAGAACAAGCAGACCACCUUCUCCUGCAUGUCUCACUACAGUGAGCACCAGACCCUGGAUCUGCUCACCAUGGACUCCCACAGCCACAGCAAUGUCAUGCUGACCCAGUCUGACCCUCUGAUGUCACAGGCCAGCACCGCCAUCGCUCUGCAGAACUCCCGCCGAAAUGCCAUGCUGCUCCGCAAAGACCACAUUCUGGUUAACCACACCAGUGCAGGUCAGGCCGAAAGCUCUUCAGUGCCUGGUUGGCAAGCGGGCUUGUCAACCUCUGACAGUGACGACGGCCACCCCGAAGCCAAGCAGCCGCACCUGAAGUCUCCUAGUAAGAACACCUCUAUGCAGCUCAGUUCCAGUUUAUCCAGUCAGGACCGCUUUCACACUGAUCUGGACCUCGACGUGUUCAGCAGCAAUCUGGACUGUGACAUGGACUCCAUCAUCCGCAACGAACUGAUGGACGCAGAUUGUCUGGACCUCAGCUUUGACUCUCGCCUCACCUCCACACAGAACGCCAACAAGAAUUCAGGAAGCUUCUCCAGCUCGAAACAAAGCCCGCAGAGCUGGGUGCCGAGCUGAGAAGCUGUUAGAAGUAAGGAAAGUGUAAAUUGGGGGUUCAUUAUCCUGCAUUGUGCAACUAGAGGGAAGAAA